ACGAAGAAGCUGUCAUAUUCCAAAACUGGGAAACUGGAAUCACCUGCUUUGAAUAAUACGCAAUCAAAGGAUUUCCCCCAACGAAUACCCUGCUUUGUUUGUUUUCGCUCUGCUUGUGCGUGGCACUCCUUGCUGGCGUAGCGGCGCAUAGCGAAAAAAAUAAAAAAGGAAACUCACCACCAAAAGAAAAAGGUAGGUUAACUAACGAAACUAAAAACUACAUUUGAAUUCUUGCUCACCGAUAAUCCUUUAGAAAAAAUCUUAUACAACUGUAUAGAGGAUUAUUGGUAUAGCUGUCCACUAGCCGAAAAUCGGACACCAAAUUAUUGUGGACUGAAUGAAGUAAUUGCAUAGCUGCCGGGUCUGCCGUAUUUGGCAAUACGGCAUCCUGUAGAAGUUGAGCGCUCACCUUGCUCAAGAAACUUGUCGUUUCUAUAUAAGGGUGACUUCGGAGGGAACUCGGACAUGAAAUUUUUUUUAUAUUUGUCUAGAUACUUUUCCACUUCCUCAACUACAAGAUUUCUCAAGAAAUCCUCCUUCGCCUUUCUUUUAUCCUUUCUUUUAUUUCUUGAAGAAGAAGAAGAAGAAGAAGAAGAAGAAGAAGAAGCGGGCGCACGAGAAAGAUUUAGCAUCAUGUGGAUGACGGAGAGGGGGAAAAUUCCAUAAAGCGCGAACCAAGAUCCAUGAUACGAAAACCAAAAUCAGAAGUAGGACAAAACUCAGAGUUAGCAGCAUGAACAAAGAACUAGGACAUACCAGGUGAGAAGUUCGGCUAAGCCGGAAAGAUAGAUCUCUUCGAUCCUUGAUUGAUUUGAACAAAAAGAAAGAAAGAAGCCGGUAGCAAAGGAAAUGAAAUGGCAGCUGUGCUUUAUAUAACAUAAUAGCUUUUUGGUCUUCGUUGAUUACUUCUGCUUACCCCACUGGAAGACAGGAAGAGCUAGCAUCUCUCUUUCCUAAGGCAUAAGGCGUUCCUCGAGGAGUACAAGCCAAAAGGUGCCAUAGUCGUCGCAAAGGUUCAAGCAAGGAGGAAGUAGGUCUCAAAAGAAAAAGGGGGAGGUUUCAGAAUUCCCAAGCGCCUAGUCAGUUGAAGGGUCAGUUCAAGGUUAGCGUCCGAUUGUGCGCAAUGAAUAAAUCAAUGUAUUUGCGGAAAAUGGGACGCUGAAGGGCAGGGGUAGCCCAUGUUAGCAACUUCUUAACCUGGCUGCACCACCUUCUUUUUAGUGAAAGGUGAGCUACGGUGCCCCAAACCACAAGCAAAGGUUCUAGGAGUAGAGAUCUUGUCUCUGCAGGUUCGGAGCUCCUAUCUCCGUACCGAGCAAAGCGCAAUGUGGUAAUAAAUCAAAGUCUGGGUUCGGUCUUCCGGUGGACGGCAUCAAUCACCGGUGGUUUGUUUGGGUUUCAACUAGAAAAGUGGAUUCUAGCUUCAAUUCUUAGCAUGAAGAAGAUUAUCGUGGACCGCUUGCCCCGGUGUGAACUCAUGAGAUUGAGAGAGAUGGGGAAGUAGGCGAAGCUGUUUAAGUAAGAGUUACCUAAUUGAUUGAAUACCAGUCAAUUUCCCACAAGAGUAUACUCAUUUCCGCAACAAAAUGGAAUUGCCUUUGAUGCUUCGAGGAACGCCUAUGCAAUCACAGCUGAGUAAUGGACUGGCGAACUAAAAUGGAUAGCUGCUGGGAGAAUUGCGACUGAUGAAUCGCGAUCAGCCGCUGAUUCCCUUGCCGUUGGAUUCGUGCCUCAAUACUCUGCCACUGGGACUCGGUCGGAAGAAUCUACUGCGGCCUUCUCUACCCACCUUUAUGAAUUCUAACCCCAACCAGCCAUGACAAGGCUUAAUUUAUUAGACCCGUUGUUGUUUAGAAAGAUGUGUUAUUCCUGUGAAAGUCUCGUUUUUGACUCCGUUUUUUUGAGCAUUGUACACGGGCUUUGCUGCGACGAGGAUGCCUUUUUUAAUAAGGCCAACGUCAAGACCUGAAACAGAGUCCUACCACGUUAAGGGAGAGCACCCAACUUGCUUGUUGACACGUGAGGGAAAAUAGGAGUCUGAGGUGGCAGGAUUUACCACUAUAACCCUAUGGUAGUGAUGGUUGGUCCCAGUACUCCUUCGAGUGCCUUUUGCGCUUAGCGUCGGAAAGAGGAGUUGCUUGCCUUACCACACCAACCACCUUAGCACUGGAAGUUCUAGCAAUGGGCAGCUAGGCAAAGGAAAAUUAGCUAUCUAAUGAAUAUUCAUUAGAUAAUAGAUUGUGGAUCUGUUCUUAGCUCGUGCAAUCAAUAAAAGCGGUCCUUCGCCUUAGUAAGCUAGCUUUCUAAGCCCGGGCGUGGAUCGAUCGUGACGAAAAUGGGACUAAUCCUCUGUACUGUAAAAGAAGAGUUUGAAACAAAACUAAGUGAAGUAGCUACGAUCGCUCGCAGGCCGUUGCUCGCUCCCUCCAAGUGUUGAACAGAGAUAGCUACGAUAGAACACAGCUAACAACCCAUGACAGAAUAAUAUGUAUAUAAGAAGACGGCUGCUUAGAGGAGUGAUCUGUUCAUCUAACUCAAAAUAUUGUAAUGUAAGAAGAAGAAGAAUCUUACACCCAAAAUUCCUAUCUCUUUUUUCUUGGUUGGACCAACCGGCACCAGUCAUUUCCGUCUUCCUUAAUUGGGAGAGUCAGAAUCAGUCUCUCUUUGUUUGGGGGGGGGAGCGGAGCAGUCAAUGAAGGAACCUUUGCUUUGAAAAUGAUUGUUCUAAAAUGGUUAUUCCUCACAAUUUCUCCUUGUGAUGCAGCGGAACCAUGGCAAUUAGGAUCUCAAGACGCAGCUACACCUAUAAUGCAAGGAAUAAUAGACUUACAUCACGAUAUCUUUUUCUUCCUCAUUCUGAUUUUGGUUUUCGUAUUAUGGAUCUUGGUUCGCGCUUUAUGGCAUUUCCACUAUAAAGAAAAUGCAAUCCCGCAAAGGAUUGUUCAUGGAACUACUAUCGAGAUUCUUCGGACCAUCUUUCCUAGUCUCAUCUCGAUGUUCAUUGCUAUACCAUCAUUUGCUCUCUUAUACUCAAUGGACGAGGUAGUAGUAGAUCCAGCCAUUACUAUCAAAGCUAUUGGACAUCAAUGGUAUUGGACUUAUGAGUAUUCUGACUAUAACAGUUCUGAUGAGCAGUCACUCACUUUUGACAGUUAUAUGAUUCCAGAAGAAGAUCUAGAAUUGGGUCAAUCACGUUUAUUAGAAGUGGACAAUAGAGUGGUUGUACCAGCCAAAACUCAUCUACGUAUUAUUGUAACAUCUGCUGAUGUACCUCAUAGUUGGGCUGUACCUUCCUCAGGUGUCAAAUGUGAUGCUGUACCUGGUCGUUUAAAUCAAAUCUCUAUUUUGGUACAACGAGAAGGAGUUUACUAUGGUCAGUGCAGUGAGAUUUGUGGAACUAAUCAUGCCUUUACGCAAAGCUGACCCCUAUCUAUCGUCGUAGAAGCUGUUCCUAGUCUCAUCUCGAUGUUCGUUCCUAUACCAUCAUUUGCUGUCGCAGCAAUGGACGCCCCCCUCCUGGUUGAGUCAAUGCUCCCAUCCCCAAAUCGGUCCUCGUCUGAGGAUUAAUUUGGGCUGAGAGUCCUUUGCGAACCAUGGCCUAUUAUCCCCGAUCUGGGAUUAGAGUCUUCCAUUGUAAAUCGAAUUCAAGUACUGGAAGCCGCUAAUUCCCCCUUUCUGCUUGGAAAGGCAAAAGGGGAAUAUUGGGCAGAGAUAAAAGAAUCUCUAAGAAAUUCUUCUUACCAAAGGGAGUAUUAUAGGGGUCUUGAUUUCGAAAAUCGAGAUCUACUAAUACGGGAACGUAAACACUCAUGUUAUGAAGUGUUUCGGGAAAUCCUUUUAAGGAACCCUUCUUUGGAAGAAGCGGCGGCCUACCCUCCUCAAGAAAACUUUAUUUCCUUCUUGAACGAGAAGCGGGACGCCCUAGACGUUUCCCACCCCGGGCACAGCCCGGCGGAAGUAGACCGUCUGGAGAUCUUAUUUCUAAAGGAGGUGGAAAAAGACCUUGUCAAAAAUGGGAGCGGAUCGAUCCAUAUCGUCAUUGGAAAUUUGAAUUGAGAUCAUUUUUUCGGCAGAUCAAAAUAUGGUGCAGAAAAACCCAAAUCGAUAUGAAUGGAAGAUGCC